AUGUCCAGUCUGCUGUUACUUCAAUCAAACAUGCUAUUUCCAAAGGUUUUGACAAGAGCUUUUUCUAGUACCACAAUGGUGCAAUUGAGAGCCCGAGCUUUGAUUUACACACAGUACGGCGAGCCCAUCGAUGUGCUCAAGGUGCACUCGUACGAACUGCCUCAGGUUGGCACCAACCAAUUGCUACUCCAACAUCUUGCCGCGCCCAUAAACCCCUCUGAUAUUAACCAGGUUCAGGGUGUAUACCCAUCCAAGCCUCCACUUACAACCGAUCUUGGAACAGACGAACCCGCUGCAGUCGGUGGAAACGAAGGAGUUUUCCAGGUUCUGGAAGUUGGCUCCGGGGUCGAGGGUUAUUCGAAAGGUGAUUGGGUGAUACCUGCCGAUGUCAACUAUGGAACUUGGAGAACUCACUCUGUGGCCGACAGCUCUAAAAUGCUCAAACUACCCAAAGAAAAAUUGUCUUUAAAUCAGGCCGCAACUAUAGCCGUGAACCCAUGUUCGGCCUAUCAGAUGCUCAACUAUUAUGAAUCAUUGAAACCAGGUGAUUGGUUCAUUCAGAAUGCUGGAAACUCACAGGUUGGUCGUGCAGCUAUUCAGAUCGGUAAGAAGAUGGGGCUGAAUUCAAUUUCGAUUGUCAGAAACAGAGACAAUUUGCAAGAGCUAGUUGACGAGUUGACGGAGCUCGGAGCUACCCACGUGAUCACUGAGGAACAGAACGAGUCUCGUGAAUUUGGUGCCACCAUAAAGUCGUGGACUAAGGGUUCACCCAUCAAACUGGGUCUCAAUGCAGUAGGUGGCUCCAAUUGUACAGCCUUGGCCCGCAAGCUUGCAAACGAUGCUACUCUUCUGACCUACGGAGGUAUGUCUAUGAAGCCUGUGAUCAUUCCUACUGGUCUUUUGAUCUUCAAGAACUUGAACGUGAAAGGAUUCUGGGUUACUGCCAAUAUCAAGCGUAUUCCCAACUCCAGACAGGACUCGAUCAAUGAGGUGAUCAAGCUGAUGGACACUGGUGCUAUCGUUGACACUCCAAACUCCGAUAACUUUUUUGAGUUGAAAGAUUCAGAUGAGUCGCUUCUAAAGACAUUCCAAACUGCGCUUACCAAUUCUAAGAAGGGAAAGCAGAUUGUUCUGUUUGAAUGA